AUGUACAAUAAUGUGACACAUAAAGAAUUAUUGAAUUUAUUAAGUAUGGACAAUAGAGAAAGGGAGGACACAAUACAUAAAGGAAAAUGUAGGAAUAUAGUAGAUAGAAUAAUUGAAUCAAUAAGGUACAGACAACAACCGAAAAUGAAAGAAAAAGGAUUGAGAAUAAUAAUAGUAGUAAUUGUAAGGGACUGUAUUGAAGGAGACUUAGAAAAUGAAGUAUUUGAUCGGUUAAUCGGAUGUCCAGAAAUAAUGGAACAUGGAUACAUUUUAGAAGAUUGGGAUGUUGAAAAUAGAUUUCAAAAGUUUUGGGAUUGGUACAACACGAUAUUGGAAAAUGAAAUGAAAGCAAUACAUGUUAAGAAGUUAUCAAUAAAGUUAUUCAGGGAUUUAUUAUAUGAAGAAACAGAAAAUCUGUUGUGGACAGAGGUAAAUGAAUUAUUAAUCCAGAUAGAAUAUCAGAAUAGAUGUGAUGUAUUCACUCAAGAAGGAGAGAAUACAUGGAAGAGAUAUGUAUCAAAAGUAAGACAAAGAUUUAUUGACACCAAACAAUUUACAAGAGAACCCGAGGACCCAGAAAGUGAUAGUCCUGAAAGUUAUGAAUUAGAAUACAGUGAUGGUAGUAUACAUUAUGAAGUAAAAAUAGAGGACAAUGUCGAAUGGACAGUGGAAUUAUUAAAAAGAAAAAUUGAAGAAAUGGGUGGAAGGUUCACUGACAAAGAUAUACAAAGAAUGUGGGACCUAUUUAUAAGGAUAGAAUUGAUAUUAACAGAAGACUUUUUAGGUACAUUUUUCGAAUUAAUGGGACUAAGUUAUGAAAAAUUAAAAGAUGAAAUAAAUGAAUGGUUAACUAAAGAAACAUUAAUAUGUGGAAUUUGUAGAAAUAGAAAGUUACCUGAUAUGAUAUCAGAUAUUGGACAAUGUAAAAUUUGUGAACAAAAAGAAUUAUUAUAAUUAAAGGAUGACUUAGAAAAACUUGGAUACGAAUUAAAUUUGUCAGAAAUAGAUAGAAUUAGAGAAUUCAGGAUAAGCAAUAGUUUAAUAUUAACAACGGAAUUUAUGGAAAAAUAUUUCCAGGAAAUUGAUUCAGAUAACAAAGAAUUAAGGAAAAAAUUAUAUGAAUGGAUAAAUGAAAAUACCACAUUUUGUGAUGAAUGUGGAAUAAGAUGGAUAAACAAUAAAUUUGACGAAGGAAAAACCAAGUGUAGGGAUUGUGAAAAUG